AGGAUUCUUCCGUACACAAAGACGAGGAUGUCACAUUCGCGAUCACGACAGGAUGAUCCUUGGGUAGAAUGAAGCGUUUUGUAACUAACCGAUUCUGUACCGGCAUGCAACGCAAAGAGAGACGACAUAAACAUUCCUGCACACUCAUAAACAUGUGAGGACGAAGGCAAAAAUGACGGCGUUGACUCUGUUCGUGUGAACGUUCGUUGCGCUUUGCUCUAUCGAACUGAGUGCGCGUUUCGCGUUAGCCGACGAAGCUGCAAAGGCAGUUUUUCACUGCAGAGUGCAGGGAUAAUUUGGCUAGAAGUGGUAUCCGUCGUUAUCGAUGGUUUCAUCUCCUCAGAAUAGUCCAGUCGUGAUGCUUCCCAUUCCCUCCGCGAGCGCCGCGGCUUCCGGAGCACCAGCGACGUCCUCCUCAAGCUUUCACCAAACUGCUAGUUUGCCGCAGGAUCAAAGAGGUCCUGGAGUUGCUCAUCAACCCGCUCAGCUGGCUCCUGGCACAUCAAUGAAUAAUUCGGUCCCUUCGGGAGCUGGAAUUUUAUCGCAGGCUACUGGCGAUGCAGGAUGGGCACCGAGCUCCUCAUCGACACUGUGGGCCCAGAGCAAGUGGCGUGGGCGCAUGGUCCAAGUACCCAAACGAAAGCGGUGGGGAUUAGUCGUAUUAGAGGAGGGAACAACAUUACACGUGCAAUUGGGCCAGACUCUGGUAUGUGCGGCACGGACACCACCGGCAAGUCCUUCACGUCGAAGUAGCAAAGACGCAACGUCGCCGGCAUCCGGAAAGAGUCCAGGCAGGGUACUGCUUUCCAUCUUCUGGAUCCAAACUUUUUAGAAGCGAGAUGGAGCAGAAAUCGACAAAAUCCAUGUUGCGCUGAUCCUGAUUCAUCGGUCUCUCAACUAUCGUCAACAUCACGAACAUAAUUUAUCCUGUCAUAACCAUAAGCUACUCAAUUAAUAAAUGUGCAGCAAAUGGCAUGCAUACAGGCGCCGUCUCCCGACAAGGCUGGAGCUGUGUCAUUCAACGACACAUCACCUGGCGGCACAGUCGCCUCCGAGGAGAAGGAGAUCGUCGUGGUAGAGAGCAGCACCAUUGCGACAUCUUCUUUUGCUGCAAUUGGUGCUUGUUUAUACACAAAAAUUGGGAUCGGUGUUCUCAUCGGAUAUCGUCCAGACCACGACAUCCACGUCUUGCGAUAUCCCCAUAGUAGCACGACUGGCUACCUCCAACGAGAUCAGCUGAUAAGCGUUGCUGCUGCGUGUCCAGAUCUGCCGGUGCGAACACCCUACGGAUUAGGGAUUUGCGUGCGCGAAAACAAAGAAUUUGGAACGUACUUUUAUUUUCGGCCUAUCCUCUUCAUCUUCAAUAGCAAUCAACACAUUAGAUGAUCUCCCGACAAAUUUAACAGCGUCAACAUCUCCUAUUUUCUUCUUCACCACCACUCAUCACAUUUCUUUUAUCAGGUGGACUAUCCGGUUAACGGGACACGAGAACGCCGGCCUCGCUCAUUUACAUCCUUCACGCUUCUCCUGCGAUAGCCGUUUUGUGCCGCUAGUUGAAUCCGGCAAGCGAAAGUGGAAGAGAAAGCAGUACAAAACGUAUGAGCUGCUUGCCAAGCUACAGAAGGUUGCAACAGAAACGGGAGUCCUGGAGAAAUUUCAAGAUGCCUACGAGACCAGCGGCGUAACGUCAGUCUACGAUACUGCGAGGAAAGCGUGGGACGUCGGUGUUGAUGUUGUCGAAAAGGAAGUGGUAGAUAAGGUAAUCAGCGAGAGUCCUGCCUUGGAGUCAUUGGAAAAGCCCGGACCUCAAUCGAGUCCAGCUGCUAUUAAGGGGUCUCCCGGAGGCAUUCAGCCCACGCAGUCCUCCUCAUCGUCCUCCAGCAGCGGCGAAGAAAAUAAUGCUUUCAAGACACCACCGGCAGACGACCUCGCAAACAUCCUUGCAGAUGCAGCGGGAGACGACUACUUGUACAUUCCUCGACUUUUAAUUUGCGUUUGCGACACGCAUCGCUGUAGAUCAUAGGUAAAACUGUUCGUGUUCGGGCAACUUGCAGUAAGAUCAUGAUUCGAAAAAUACGCCAACUUCACUUUCUCUCUAAAAAUAACAGCGUCGACGGUGAGUUUCGUGAUGCGAAGCAGGGCGACGAAGAGCUAGUCAAAGCCCAGAAAUUUGUGGAGGAUGAGGCUGAAAGGCUACGGAAACUAGCUACGGACAAGCUCGCAGAGCAUGACGAGAUCGUCCAGGAGGUCUACGGAUCACUCGACAAAUUGGAAAAGGGCGGCGAGAAGGUUUUGAGCACAAUCAACGAGUUCGGAGAAAAAGCGCUCGAAGAAGUUGGCAAAGACCAAGAUGUGCAGGAAGUGCUGAAGUUAAGAACAGACUUGAAAGGCAAGCUGCAUCAUAAUGUAGCAACUGAAAUUUGACAAUCCGUUUUCUUGGAUUUUUUUUAGGUCUUGUUGUAAGUUAGUACCAUUUCUCUAAUCUAGCUCGUGGAGUCGGCAAAGCAGGAGGCUGCCCAAGUCAUUGCAUUGGAGUUGGAAAAGGGGACCAAAGUGUACGAAAAAUCGAAGAUGAGUAGCCUUCUCGAAGAAUCGCGGAAACGACUUGAGGAAAAGAUGGAAAAAUUGAGCCAGCUAUCCGGCCAGCAAAUUCAAGAGUCGGGGGCUGCUGACAUUGGCGAUCGCGUGGGUCAGGGGCUGCAAUCCUUCGUUGACAAAAUAGCGGCGAAGAACGAUGUACUUUCUACAGCCUCUUGUUCUUUGAACGACAGUAGAAAAAGAAAUCUUGCAUAGAAUAAGAAUUAUUGAAAGCGCUGUGAUUUAUAUUUUAUUAAGCGACCUUGAAUUGUUAUGAAUGUAUGUUUUUCCCGUUCAAGAAUAUGUGCGAGAACCCGAUUUUUUACCCCGCACACGCAGGUCUGGCAAGCCAAGGGAUCGGCACUUUUCGGCUCUGUGCAACGUCGGUACCUCGCUGGCCCCGACGGUUGGAUAGCCAAAACUAGAAAGAAACUACAAGCGGUCCUAAAAGAGGAUCAAUUAGGCUUAAAGCAAUGGGACUUCAGUACCUACACCAACUCCUUCUAUGCACAAGCCAACGACAUAGAGCGCGAAGUUCUGGAAACGACCACUGGUGCCCAAAAAGAGCGCGCAAAGCUGACCAAGAAAGCCGUCAACUCUGCAGCAGAACAACUCGUGGCACUGGCCAAGCCUGAAGAAAGUGCUGCGGAAUUGCUUGUUAAGCUAGACCGGAUGCGUGGCAUGGAGAUGCUUGAGGCCAUCGACCUCCAGGGUACAACUGCAUACUGGGAACCACCAUGCAUGGCUCGAUGUAUUGGCUAAUGCGCGAUACGAAAGUAGACAGAGAUUAAAGAUACUACGAGUAUUUUUUCAGCAAUUUUCAACCAUUCGUCUCUCUCUACGCAACAGGUAUUUUGGACAAGGCCGGGAUCGUAGUGCCGCCCUACGUGGCUGAGUACUUCGUGCAGGACGAGAGCAAAAGCGGCGCGACCUCAGACAUUUUGGCGACCCUGUCGAACUUUCAAGGCGAUAAAAUGCUGGAGAAAGUAUUGGACGAUCAGACGUUUAUCGGCAAGGCAGGUGAAGUGGUGGGUCAAUUAGAGGGCGCACUUGACAAGGUCGCAGAUCUGGCGCAAAACAAAACAGUCCAAUCUCUACUUUCAACGAUGGGUGGAGCCGGUGCUGUUGGCGCGGACUACGACGCUGCGGGUAUGAUCAUGCAGAAGCUUGAGGUCCUUUCAAGAUUGAUAAUCAUUUUGAGGUCUGGUAAACAAAGAACGUAAAAAAAAGCACAGCUUUCAUUUUCUGGCGCGACCCGUGAACGUGUCUUAGUGACUUAUUCUUGUCCCUCAUGAAAUCAGCCAGUGAGAGAUGCAUCUACUCAACAAAAGACCAUCUAAUACUCCUCGUGUAUUCACUCUAAUCUUGUUUCUUCAAAACAGACUCUCGAUGUGGACCAAGCACUAGAGAUGACAGAAAGAACGCUUGCGGAUUUGCAGGAUCCUGAAAGACGGGCAAAGCUCGUAGAUGAGAUGGUCGAUUCUGCAGUAGACGGUUUGAUGGCCCUAUUACCCAAGAUCCAGAUCGACAACCUGGAAGGCGAGAGCCACGAUUUUGCAUACGCAGUUGGGAAUAUCAAUCUGGGCGGUUUCAAGCUGAAGAAAGAGUGCGUCUCUUUAAAAAUCAACUUCGAAACUGCCACGGCGGAAAAGCUUCAGGAUGGGUACUUUUGCGUUUGUAAUAAAUUGUAGCUUACUAGCCUGGAGCGCCCGACAACACCCCCUCGCACUAGGAUCCCUCUCCUCCCGAAGUAACCCACGGAGCACUAAGCCUGCCUGCGCUUCAAUCUCUUGGAUUUGAAUGGCUCAAAUCCAAAAAUUUCGGACUUUAGCGAGUUUUUCUGAGAUUCAAUAUCUUGGAUCUGAAUUUCUCAAAUCUAAAAGUUUACGACUUUAGGCGAUUUUUUCUGGCAUUCAAUUUGGCAAGUUUUUCGCGGAUUCAAUCUCUUGGAUUUGGAUUGCUCAAAUCCAAACACUUGCGACUUUGGUAAAAACAUCUCGGAGCUUUUCUGAGACUCAGCCUUUUUCCUCAAGUCCAAAUAAAAGGUUUCGGCUUUAGCGAGUUGUGCCGAGGUUCAACCUCUUCUCUUGGGUUUGAAUUGCUCAAAUCCAAAAUUUUUUGAUUUUAGUGGGCCUUGCUGAGUUUCAAUCUCUUGGAUUUGAGUUCUUUCCGCAAACCAAAAGCUUGCGCUUUUAGCGAGUUUCUCUGCUAUUUACUUUCUUGGAUUUCAAUUCUUCAAAUCCAAAAGUUUUCGACUUUAGCAAGUCCCUCAGAGAUUCAAGCCCUUGGGUUUCAAUUUCUCAAAUCCAAAAACUUUCGACUUUGGCGAGCUUUUCUGGAAUUCAAUUGCUUGAAUUGAAAUCCCCAAACUCCAAAAGUUUUCGACUUUGGCGAGCUUUUCUGAGCUCAAGCUCUUGGAUUUGAUUCGUAAGCCCAGUUUCUUGUAUUUGAAUUCCUCAAAUCCCAACAUUUUUGAUUUUAACAAGUUUCGCGGAGGUUCAAUCUCGUGGAUUUGAUUCGCAAGCCCAUAAGUUCGCAAGUUUCGGAUUUGAUUCACAAGGCCAUAAGUUCGUAAGUUCACAAGUUCGGAAGUUCAUAAUCAUAGGCUCCUGGGUUCGUGGGUUCAUGAGUUUAAAUGUGAAAGAGUGAGAGUUUGGGGGUUGGGGUUUGGAAGUGGGAUAGUGAGAGUUUGGCGGGGUCGUGGUUGUUUUUUAAUUUAGCUCUUUAGUAUUUGCUUUGGUGUUGUUGCUAGGAAUACGCGCUGCUUCUAAGUACAACUAAGUACUAGAUCGAAUGAUUGUAUUUGUAUUUUAUGGCCUUUAUCUAAUAAAUUAUUUGGCUCUGUCUUGCUUCUUUAGUUUAAAUAUAUUCAUUAGCUUCUGCGCGUUCGUCCUUCCUUUCUGACGAGCGUUGAGCGUGAGAGAAGCGCCUAUGUUUUGAUCACUCUUCUUGCUCUUCAUCAACCUCAAGGUCAAAUAUCACAUAUGCUAAGGACAUCUUCCAAUACAUUUCAUACAUACUGUUGACAGACUCGUCGACUUUGGCACUACACGUAUACCUCUACAUCGCAGCACUUUGCUCAUUAAUUGUCAACGUUCGCUUUCCUCCUCUCGUUUCUACAGCUUCGAGCUCAUUUCGUUGCAUGCAUGGAACAUGAGCUGUGUGCUGGAGAAGGUGAAUUUCUCGUUUGAACAGCAAAAUUUUCCGUAUCUUAAUGGAGAAGGACUUGCGAAGUGCUUUGCGAAUAAGAUAUCCCUGCGCCUUGGCUUCAGCGUUCGAUGGAAAAGCGGCGCACCACAACUUUACAUGAGCAGACGGAUGGUAUUUUUCCCAAUUAUAGAUUCAGCUUCGAUUAUUUUUAUUAUUGUCGGGAAAAAUAUAAUAGACUGUUGGUGACCACCUACUUUAUGAUCUUCGUCAAGUGCAAUGAUCUUGCUAUUUCCAGGUCGAUAUCGAAUUUUUGACGAUGGAAAUCGAAGAAAGUUGGUUUUCGGCGCUCUACAACGUGCUGAUUGCGGCUUUUUCGAACCUAAUUUUGAAUUAUGUCAACGACAAGAUUGAAGAGCAAAUCGACGAAAACGUUAAUCUUCUCACAAGUGGCUUGGAUUUUGUUCUGCAGAACGAAACUGUGAAACCCUGGCUAGCAUCCCUAGCACCACGCGACAAAGAUGGCAAGGUGUUACCAGAGGUAAUUCCCGUUAAUGACGAGUCUCGCGGAGGACAACGUGCUCUGCCACUCUCGUCUGAGCGAAAGGCUUUGGCAGCCGAAGAGGAAAAGAAACGUCAAAAGCGGGAAGCUGCAAAGUUAAGACUUAUUUGAAGCUAGUGGUUACUGCUACUUUCACUUUCACAUCUACUUCGUGAUAUUUUGAAUUUCACUUUUAAGUCAAGAAAUCGGGAUUAUUAUGAUGGUUCUGGCCCUUUCCCGACGAUUACCAGUACAACAACCCUGCUCUAAAAAAUGCUGCGACCGCCAAAAAGCGGCCAACUUCUCCGAACGCCAAGGCGUCACCUGGCAAGGCAAUCGAUUCCUCGGUUUACGACUCCUUUAAGCCAGAUUCGCGUGUUGCAGGCGGUGCACGGUCUCGCGGAGACUCUGGUGACGCUCCUGCCAAGAAAACGCUGGGCAAACAGGAGUCAAUUUCCGAGUUUGGAGCGGCCUUGGCUCAGAUGACGGUCAUGCGCAGCAUGCUGAAGUCACUGAAGACAGGAAAACCAGUGACGAGAGGUCAAGUCCAGCAAGUGCUCUUUUCGGCACUCUAUGCGGUAGAGGAUGAGGACGUGAAAAAGUGCCUGUCCGAAAUCCACGAAAUAUUGGUAAAAGGUCCGUCAAGUAAGAAACUAGCGAAGGCGGCAGCAGCAGGUAGCCCCGCACCAGCAGACCAGGGUGCCCCUUCUUCAGGAGCAUCCGGAGCGGUCACAGCACCGGAUGGAGAAAGUGUUGUUGCUGUUAAUGGACCGCCUUCUAGCGGGAGCAGCCCAAAGAAUGCAGGAGGCGGGAUUAUGGGGAGUUACUUCGGCGCUGCAGGCAGCAAGAUCGCUGGGUUUGCGAAGAAUGUCUACAACAGCGCGACUACUACCGGCUCACCGGGUGCGCAGAACGCGAUCGCGUUGCAGAACGAGAUCGUCUCCGGGGACGAACGCAAGCAACUGAUUUUCGGAGUCGGACUCGCGUUGUCGCUGCCCAAGUUCCAACAACCUACGCUGCAGGUUCGCGACAUGAACAAGAAAUGCCAGAAGAACCGCAAGGAAGGAGAUCCGAAUAAGCUUGUACCGCUGUCGGAGCUACUGCGACUUACCAUCUGCUGGUCCGAGUUCAACCGGAAAAUGAUCGAGGACCUGCAGGACUUGUCGACACAGGCGGGGGGCGCGGCAGACCUCGCGGUCGUGAAAUCCGCUAGAUACAAGACAGUUUCCGGCAACCUCGCCAUUUGUCAAGACGCGCUGCUCAAAAUCAAGAUGGAUCUAGCAAAGUCCGCAGCCCUUCGGGAUCGAAGACAACUGGAAACGAUCAUCUUGCACCUGCUGGAUGCGAUCCGUUGCCACACGGACGGAAGUGACAUUCUCCACGAAUUCAACGAUGAGAGGCAGCGAGAACGGCGGUCGCAAAAUGCCCUGCGACGAGGUCGCACUACGAACUCACCCACGGGCCGAAGUAGCGGCAACAAUACUCCCGCGGCAAGCGGCUCCGCGUCCUCCUUGGCGACUUUCCCACCUGCAGAAAAGUGAUCUCAACACUCGAUGACGCCGGGGACAACAUAGCAUAAAGGAAAAAUUCGCAAAGAAAAGGAACACCUUUACGUGUACCUCAUCAUGUUUGAAGAGGAGCACUCAUUUCACGCUCAAAAGAUAUGAAACACACGAACUCCGAGUCCGACAUACUUGUACAUAAAUGUCUCUCUCUCGCCCCCUACCUGGCAAUAACCAAGAACGGUCAACAAUCCCUAUUUUCCUGCAUCACGACCCGAUGCCAUUUUUUUUUCAUACAUGCUUCUGCAACUGGAGCUGCUUAACAUUCAUACG